ACGUACUCCGCACAGGAGGUACCCCGUAUGUAUUACAUUCACAACAAAAGAAAAGCUGAAACAAAAACCCCUCUUCACCAGAAUACAGAAAAAUAUUCGUCAGCCAAGCACAUUACAUCUGCAGGCAGCAAAGCAGCUCGAUCCUUGCCGUGCAAAGGAUUGCGCCUUGAACCUAUCAGCAUGAGAAUAGCCGACGCCCAGGCCAAAGGAUGCGGUCGAUCGGGCUGAAGCCAAGCCAAUAGUUUGUGGAGGUCGGGACGGAGCGACACGGAUAGGCUAGGGUCGGGGAGUUCUUAUUCGGC